CUGUUGGUAAGAUGCGCUAGUUCCAGUUGCUGAAAACUUUCGAUAAUCUUUUAGAUACAUUGACUUUUACAAGAGAGAACUCCAGAUAAAAUCAUUAGUAGGGUUAAAACCGCAGAAACACCAAAAAUAAUUCUAGUUAAAAAUAAAUAUGUUUGUAGUAUAUAUAUAUAUAUAUAUAUAUAUAUAUAUAUAUAUAUAUAUAAAAUCAUAUUGUUGAUUAAAUAUAAUGGUUUGGUCUACUAAAUGCAAGUCACAAUAACACGAAAAAUAUUUAAAAUAAAAAAAAAGUUAAAAUCUGGAUCUUGAAUGCAUGUCACUAAUGUGUAGCUAGGAGGAAUCAAGUAGGUGAACACACAUGGGAUUAUAGGGAAAAAAGUGUGGCUAUGAGGUAAGCAGAGGAGAGGUAUGAAAGGGAAUGGAUUGGCUGCAGAUAAAUUUUACAAUACUAAUGAUUAUCAUCACACUUGAACUUUCACAUGUUUCAUCUGUCACCAAUAAUAUUUAAAUAUUUAGUAUAUUAAUAUAUAUUUUACAUGAUAAAGAAUGUUUCUAAUUAUGAUUAUUUUGUAUAUGUUAGAUAUGUGAUUAAGGGAGUGUUCAUGAUAAAGAAACAAAUGAUUCAGAUCAAUAUUGAUAAUUGAAGAAUGUUAUUAGACUUUUAUUAUGUUUGACUUUUUAACUAUAAAAACAAAGAUAUUAUAAUAUUUCACUAGUUGGAACAUUUAAACUUUAUUGUUUAUCUUGAACUUAUAGACAAUAUUCCCUAUUCUUUUUAUGAAUUUCAAUCAAGUUAUAAAUAAAUAUCAAAAUUUUAGAAUUUUUACUUUCUAUUAUUUUUCAUAUGUUUUAGGAAUUAUGUGCAUUAAAAAAAUACAACAAAUAAAAUUAAGAGGGUUUGAAACACCAAAUAAAAACAUCAAUAAAUAAUAAAUUACAUUGUAGGGGUAAAAACAUAAAAGAACUUUUCAAAAUUGACACACAAUAUGAGGGGUUUAAAACCUCUGGAAAGUAGCAGAGAUUUUUAAAACUUCUGUAAAGUACUAGGAUUUUUAAAAUCGUCGAGAAAUAAUAGGUGUUCUAGAAUCGCCAACAAAUAAUAGGGGUUCUAGAACCGUUGAUAAAUAAUAAGGGGUUACAAAACCACAUGUAAAAUACUAGGAGUUUUAAAAUUGUAGGUAAGUAUGACUUUCAGAGGUUAGUAAAUUUCGCUGAUAAUCUAUUAAAUUUUUCCUAGAAAAGAGCAAAUCUCAAAUAACACAUUUAGCGGACGUUAAAACUGUCAAAAAAAAAUGUAAAAGAUAAAUCUUGUUAAAAAUUAUUUCUCUUAUUUAUAAAUGUAUUUUAUAUACUUAUAUGUUAAUUGAUGUUUUCUUUAUCAAUUGUAUAAUGCUUUAAAUUAAUAAAUUUGACUAAAUUGAGUGUUACAUUUACUACGAGAAUAAAAUGCCUCUAAAGAAAGUCCAAAGAAAGUACAUCUAUCCUUCCUCAAUUACUUAUAAGAUUGUGUUUAUUUUAUGGGUAAAAAUUCUUUUCAAUUAUCGGAUGUUCAAAGAAAAAAAAAAGUUAUAUGGACUUAAUGACAAUUUUUUCAAUUUUUAAAGUAUUAUAUAUUGUUUGUUUUGUUUUGAUUAAUAUAUUGUUUACACAUUUUGUUCAGGAACUCCUUUUUCAUCUUUAUUGAUAUAAUUGAACUUUUUACUUUGAAAAUUUGUGUCCCAUAUAUUUUUAUUUUUCUUUACCUUGUCAUCAAUUUUAUUAACAAUACUCAUAUAUUUUUAUAAAUUAAAAAAAAUAUUUUACUACAUAUUAUUAUAUAAUCAGAUUUUUGAUUAAUUAUAAUGAUUUGGUCAACUAAAUGCAAGUCAGAAUAACACGACAAAUUUGUAACUGUUUUGUGUAGCUGGGAGGAAUCAAGUAGGUGAACACGCAUUGGGAUUAUAAUAAUACAUGCUCCAAUUUAAUACUUUCGACCUAAUUUGAUGAAACAUAUAAAUAAAGUAAGGAUCACAACUCAGGGCAACUUUCUUCCAGCUAAUAAAUGAUAAAUCAAACGUUUCUAUAUUUAUAAGCGGAAAAAACUAUUUUCACAACCCACUUUUCAUAUUACAACCAUUUAUCAUCUUUAAAUAAUAAUAAUAAAAUAUAAAAUUAAGUUCUUUAUAAAAUAUUAAAUUAUUAAAUAAAAAAUUAAUAAAAAGAAUUGUAGAAUGAUGGUAUAAAUUUUUAAUGGGCUAGAAUCAUUACUUUAAUACACACGUGGAUUGAUUGGAUUUUAUGCUGUAUACUUUCUCUUUUAUCAUUUUAUAAUUUAACAAACCCAACGUUUUGUCUUUUUUCGAACCGAAAUGAAAAGUUUUAAAAAUAAAAAUUAAAACUACAGUAUUUUAAUCUGUAAAAACAAACUUUUUCUCAAGUUUGUCAAAUUAUUUUUUUGUCAAACAAUUUUGUUAUAAAAUACAGAUAAAAGGAUAUUUCUAAAAUACUUGUAGAAAACGUAGUAUAUGUAGCUAACCACCAUUAUUUCUCAUAAGGUUCUAACUAGUGUUAAUAUAAAAGUUUCAUAUUUUAAGUUUACAUGUUUAUCAAUUAUUGAAACGUGCUAAUAAAUUAAUGACUCAGGAAGCUGGCUUUAUAAAUUUGAAUAUGCAGCCGGGAAGCUUCAAAUUGCAGACAGAAAAAAAUGGAUGCAUCUUCAUUGCACAUAGGAAUGUUUCCAUGGUUUGCCAUGGGACAUUUAACACCUUAUCUCCACCUCUCCAACAAAUUAGCAAAAAGAGGACAUAAAAUCUCCUUCUUCAUCCCUAGAAGAACCCAAUCCAAGUUAGAGCAAUUCAACCUCUUCCCACAUCUCAUCACCUUUUACCCUAUCAAUGUUCCUCAUGUUGAAGGCCUUCCUCAUGGUGCAGAAACCACUUCCGAUGUGUCUUUCUCCUUAGCUCCACUUAUCAUGACAGCUAUGGAUCACACAGAGAGGGAUAUAGAGCUUCUCCUCAAUCAGCUAAAACCGCAAAUUGUUUUCUUUGAUUUCACACAUUGGCUACCAAACUUGACUCGUCCCAUGGGGAUCAAAUCUUUUCAAUACUGGAUUAUUGGCCCAGCAACAGUAUCUUAUGUAAGAUCCCCAUCAAGGAUGCGCCAAAACAUGACUGCAAGAGAUCUUAUGCCCCCUCCUGGGUAUCCAGUGUCAUCUAUCAAGCUUCAUGCACAUGAAGCCAAUUUCCUUGCUUCUAAAAGGAAUUGGGAGUUUGGUAGUGGUGUUCUCUUCUAUGACCGUCUCAACACUGGUUUAAUGUUAUCAGAUGCAAUUGGGUUCAAAGGUUGUAGAGAAAUUGAGGGCCCUUAUGUUGAAUACCUUGCAGAGCAGUAUGGGAAGUCUGUUCUCCUUUCAGGUCCUAUCAUACCUGAGUCACCCAACACUGUUUUAGAGGAAAAAUGGAGUGCAUGGCUUGGAAGGUUCAAAGAUGAUUCUGUGAUUUUCUGUGCACUUGGAAGUGAAUGGAAACUACCACAUGAUCAAUUCAAAGAAUUGUUGUUGGGUCUUGAACUUAUAGGACUUCCAUUUUUGGUAGUUUUAAAAGUUCCUAUUGGAUUUGAGACAAUUGAAGCUGCAUUGCCAGAAGGGUUUAAGGAAAGGGUUGAAGGGAGAGGGAUUGUUCAUAAUGGAUGGAUACAACAACAGUUGAUUUUGCAACACCCAUCAGUGGGUUGUUUCAUAACACACUGUGGUUCAGGUUCGUUGACUGAGGCAUUAGUAAAUAAGUGUCAAAUGGUGUUACUGCCACAACUUGAUGGUGACCAUAUCAUUAACGCUAGGAUGAUGGGUAGCAACUUGAGAGUUGGGGUUGAAGUGGAGAAAGGUGAAGAAGAUGGUUUGUUUACUAAGGAAAGUGUGUGCAAAGCAGUGAAGAUUGCGAUGGAUGAGAAGAAUGAGAUUGGUAGAGAAGUUAGAACAAAUCAUGCAAAGUUAAAGAAUUUCUUAGUAAGUCAAGAUUUAGAGUCAAUUUGUGUUGAUGGCUUUUGUCAAAAACUUCAAGACUUACUCAAAUGAUUUUCAAGUUUUAAAAGAUUGUUCCAUAAUGUUAGUACGAGGAAGGAUUAAUGCUUGAGAGAUUUCUUUAAUUCCUGUUCAAGAGAUAUCUCCGUAAAAAAUUUGUCUUACCUUAUAAAUUACCAUCGAUGUUGAACUACUCUUCAAUUU